GGUCAGCGGUGCCCCCAGGGGAUCUUCCAGAUGCAUUGGCACCCCAAGGGGCAGCUAGACCCUCAGAGGCCCUUUCAGGGGCCCCACCAGAGGAGCCCCUUGCCAAGAGACCUAAAGCUUUCGGUUCGUCACCCUUAGGGGCAAUCCCAAGGGUGUCGGUGCCCCCAGGGGCCAUGCCAAGGGUGGCGACACACCAAGGGGCCCUUCCAGGGGCGGUGGCGCACCCAGGGACUUUCCCAGGUGCGGUGGCACCCAUAGGGGCUCUCCUAGAGGCAACGCUGCUCCCAUGGGACCUCUCAGGUGUGGUAGCGCCCCCAGGGGUCGACCAAGGGGAAACGUCGCUCCCAGGAGCCUGUCAAGGGGUAACGUCGCCCCAAGGGGCUCUUCUUAGGAGAAACGAUGCCCUCAGGGGCUCUCCUCAGGGUUCGUCACCCUUAUGGGCUAUCCCAAGGGUGUCGGUACCCCCAGGGGCCCUGCCAACGGUGGCGGCACACGCAGGGGCCCUGCCAGGGGUGGUGGCGCAAUUAGGGGCUUUACCAGGUGGGGUGGCGCCGACAGGGUCUCUCCGAGGGGCACCGGUGCCACCAGGGGACCUCUCAGUUGUGGUGGUGCCCCCAGGGGCCCGCCAAUGGGGAACGGCAACCCCAGGGGACCGCCAAGGGGUAACGUCGCCCCUAGGGGCCCGCCAAUGGGUAACAUCGCCGCAAGGGGCUCUUCUUAGGGGAAGCGAUGCCCCCAGGGGCUCUCCUCAGGGUCAGCGAUGCCCCCAGGGGAUCUUCCAGAAGCAGUGGCACUCCAAGGGGCAGCUAGACCCUGAGGAGCCCUCUCAGGGGCCCUACCAGAGCAGCCCUCUGCCAAGAGACCUAUAG